AUGCCAGAAAAUGGCCGGCACCUCCAUCAUGCCGUCUGUGCUUUUACUUCAGAGGACGCUAACGGGAUCGUUUAUCCUCAUGACGACCCUUUGGUAGUAUCUCUGCAAAUAUCCAAUGCAAUGGUCCAUCGCGUUCUGGUCGACGGAGGAAGCUCCGCCAAUAUUCUCUACAAAGAGACGUUUGAAAAAAUGGGAUUUGACGAAACAUGUUUGAAACCGGUCUCUUACCCGGUUAUCGGCUUCACAGGAGCAUCUGUUGUCCCAGAAGGGACGGUAAAGCUGGCGGUCAAAAUAGGAGAGGGGUCCCGGUCCAAAGACCUCAUGGUGGAAUUUCUGGUUGUAGACGUCCCGACGGCGUAUAACGCCAUCAUUGGAAGGCCGCUAAUUCAUGACGCCCAGGCUGUUGUCUCAAUGUAUCACCUUACCAUGAUAUACACCUCCAAUGACGGCAACCCCGAGAAAAUCAGAGGGAAUCAAGGAUCGGCAAGGGCAUGCUACCUCACCGCGCUAAAACACUCUGACCAUAAACGGCCAGCCGACACACCACCGUCAGAAAGAAAGCGGAGAAGGCUGGAAAAUAAGGCCAAGAAGGAUCUGUCCAUGGAGAAUUUCGAGGCAAGGCCGGCAGAUCAGCCGAGACCUAGUCCUGCGGGGGAAACUGAAGAAAUCAGUCUAGAAGAAAACAGACCCGACAGAACAGUAAAAAUUGGGUCCGAUUUGGGUGAAGAAGUGAAGGUUAACCUAAUUUCCUUGUUAAGAGGUCAUGCCGACAUUUUCACUUUCUAG